UAGACACGAUAUUUGGGGAGUGGCAGCAGAGUCUCACAGGGGACCUGAAGGAGGACAGGCUACUGUUCCUCUGGCUGCUUGCUUGCGACUGAGCCCCUUUGUGAUGGCAGUAUGCCAGUCAUGAACAGGUCAGGCUUGUUGAGUAAGGCAGGUUUGAGGAGGCUGUUGUCAUCAGAUGAAGUGUGGACUUUAGGAAGGAAGAGGAACCAAGUGGAAUUUGUCCCAGUGGAGCAGGAUAUUGUGCCAGUUGCAGAAUCAAAUAAUCCUCCUGCCAGUCUCUCUCACAGGUACAGUCGACAGAACCAGGCCCCUCUUCACCUUAUCAGCCCAGAAAGAAUUGCCAAGACGGAAAGUGGAAGCACUUCAUGUCAGCGUGAUUCUAUGAAGGCUUUGAAAUCAGGAGCUGAAGUCAAUGAACAAAACACGCAGAAGAAGGCUCAAGGGUUUUAUGAGGACACCUGCACACCCAAGAGAAUAAGUCCACAACAUCCAGCUGAAGUGCCAAUGAAGCCAGUAUUAAAUAUCCAGCAUUUCACGCUCAACCGUGAGCCUCGUCCAGAUAUAAAAGAUGAUCUCCGGUUGGAUUCUAAGAAGAGCCAUCUUAAGCCCAUUGAGCCAGAGGACAGAAAGACGACAAGCGUGGUCCAUGGCAAUGCAACUCCAGAUACCACAGCUCUAAAUGUACAGAACAAUCAGAGACUGCACAGUGUGCUGGUGUUUAACAACAACCACAAUAUCUGUGACCAGGAUGCAGGGGGCCAAUGGAAGUCAUCUCUUGCAUACUCCAAAACUGAUAAAACCAGUGCAGACUAUGUGCUUCCUGAACAAAAAACUCAGGCAUGUACAAAUGAGACUGUCACAGACAAUCCACUUAUUGAAAACUUGAUUCUGGAAGCUGUAAGUGCGGAAAUAAGAAAGGCUGAGGAUAGUCCAUCUUGUGAUGUCAGUCUGUCUGAGAUAGAUGAGAAGUCAGAGGCAAUUUCGUUUCAUAGCGAAGUACUCGCUUGGUCUGAGGAAGAAAGGGACUGUCUGGAUGAGGAGAAGACUGAGGCAGCUCAAGAAAGUAGUUGCUCUUUAGUUUUUGCAGAAAAGUACACUAUGGUACCAGACAAUUUUCAUCUUUAUGUGAACAAUAAACAGGAAGGACGCUGUACACCGCCACAUUACGAAAGACAAAUGACUGGAGAGUCUACCUUGUCAGAAAUUCUCUCUCCUGUAGAUGAGGUUUUGUCUUACGGAAGUGCAGAACUCUCUCCAUCCGCUAAAGGAGGAGCUGCAUUAGGUCUUGACAGCUACGGUUGUCCUCCUCCCCCUCCUGCCUUUGAGAUUAUUACAUGGACCAGUGAGGAGGAACUUCCAGCUCCACCUGAUUCUGUGGAAGAUCUCUCCAUUAACAGUGAGAACAUCCCUCCUCUCCCUGUGGACUUCUCUCUGAAAAGAAGAGAGUCUCUAAGUAUAGGCUCUAACAGUCUGAGGGAAAAGGAGGUAAAUGAUGAUACUAAUGGAGCUUUAUAUGAGGAUGCAGAGGAAAACGACUGCUCAGAGUACACUAGCUCACUUCCUGAAGAUGUGAGAAAUGAAAUCUCAGAUCCAUUGUCCUCCUUUAAGAUUGGAGACAGAGUUCUUGUGUGUAACUCCAGACCGGGUGUGCUGAAAUAUAAAGGCCUCACAGCGUUUGCAAAUGGUUUUUGGGCUGGUGUGGCUUUGGACAACCCGAAUGGAAACCACAAUGGAACUUUUAGAGGUGUGAAGUACUUUAGCUGUGACAAAAGUCAUGGUGUCCUGGUCAGAGCUGAGGACAUUGCUCACAUACAUAGAGAACAUAGUAGUGAUGUAGAGACUGGGGUGGAUGAAGAUCCCUUCUCAGAUGAGGAACCACCUAGUGCAAAGAGAGAUAAACAACAGAAAGACACAUCAGCAGCAGAUGGACAAAGAGGACAUACACAUAGUCAGUGUCCUCCUAGAGAUGAGACCAUACUUACAAUCACCACAUGCACACAACAAAAAGAACCUCAGGAAGACACGUCUGAUGGAGCGAGAAACCUUUCACAUCCCUCUGAAAUGCCCUCACCAAGACCUGACUUUGAGCUCCAUCAUAAUGGGCAAAACAGGCAUCAUGUGGAUGCUAAACUGACAGAAGAGCUGGUUAAAGAUGCUCAGGAUACCAGAAAGAGACAAAGAAUUAAAUCAUUGCAUGACAGUCAAUCUACAGAUACUGAUGUCAGAAAAAGUGAGGAUGGUUAUUUUAAGCCAUGUGUCUUGGAGCAGUGGCAUCAAGCCCAACCCGACACGCCAUCAAAGAUAAAGGUGUCCCCCCAUGAAGACAGUAUCGUGUACAGAUUAGUGAACGCUGCAGUGGAAAUUCUGUGCAGCCAAGCAAAUGAAGACACUCUUGACCUUUAUGAAACUCCAAGCUAUCUAUUGGAUGAUGACAGUCGCAAACAUUAUCGAAAGGUGAUCUUUCAGUUAACAUCUGAUGUACUUCAUGAGAUUUUGGGUGAUCUGCUAAGAACAAAACCUGCCCAGAAUAUAGAUGAUCAAUCUGUAAUCUCAACUCUGCAAUCAAGUAAAAUUUCAGUCACAUUUUUAAAGGCUGCAGUGAGAAAAGAGAUACAGAAAAUUCUGAAUUUAGAGCGAAGUGAACAACAGAUGACAGAGAUGCUCCAAAAACUGUGCAAAUACUGGUAUGCCAAGAGAGACAGAGUGGACUUUAUACUGAUUCAGGAACUUCAUAAUGAGGAGAGAAGUUGGCUAGACUACAGAGCUGACCAGUACACUGUGAAAAUGCAUCUGACUGAAGAGAUUUUCAGCCUUCUUUUGGAUGACACAAUAUUAGCCCUAAAUCAUAUGCACUUUUCAACCUAAAAGACAAGUUUUUGAAACUUGAUGGCAUUUUCAUAUUCUGCAUCUUUGAUGUGUUGUUGUUUUCUUUUUGGGUGAAUCUUACAAAUCACAUCAAGAACAUUCCCAAGUCAUAUUUCAUAUAUUUCAUAAAUUAUUUUAUGAACAUAACACUCUUUUAUGACCAUUAGGUUUUCUUGCAUUAUGAAAUUAUUUGCACGUGACAAAUAAGUACAUUUUUUCCCUAAUUUACACUUUUUGCAAUUACUGUAAUGACAACCAAACAUUAAUUCAUUACUGAAAUUCAAAAGUAAUAAUGAAAUAUGAUUUAAGUUUUAAAGUAUGUAUACAUCAUAUUAGUAUUGGUUGUACAUAAUAUAUCAUAGUAAUUUGUUUAUUCUAAUACAUUAAAAAUAACACUUUUACAGUAUUACAGUAAUGAGAAUCUAAUGCAAAUCACCAUGAUGAAUAAUGGGAAUUACAAAACAACAACAGUCCAUUAGGCACAUAUCAAAAUACAAAAAAUGAGUUAAUUUUUCUGUAUGCAGUAGGCCUAUAUUUGUUUUUUUCUUUUGAUUAUGGAGAGAAAUAUUUGUACAGGUAAACCUGAGUCUUGGUUGGUUCCUCAUUGGUUGGUUCCAGAAAUGAAAUUUCUGUCAUUAAUUAUUCACCCCCAUGUCGUUCCAAAUCCUAAAGACCUUCGUUGAUCUUCGGAACACAAAUUAAGAUAUUUUAUGAUGAAAUCUGUGAGGCUUUCUAUCUCCCAUAGAAAAAAAAAAGAAAAAAAAAAAAAAAAAAAAAAAACUUGAUAAUGUCAAAGUGCAGGCAAGGCAUGGUGAUGCAGGAGCCGGCCAAUAAUGAGUCUGCGGUUUGAUGUAGAACCUGGAAGCGCUGGACGUAAACAGCGUAGCAGAAAUACGGGAGGGAAGAUAUUGUUGAAUAAAGUCGUUAUUUUUGUUUUGUUUUUGCGCAGAAAAGUAUUCUCAUCGCUUAAUAUCGUUAAAGUUGAACCAUUCACGGCAAGUAAUUAAUGACAGAAAUGUCAUUUUUGGGUGAACUAACCCUUAGUUUAAGCCAUCAGUUUGGUUUUUCUGUUUGUUCUGUAUUGCCUUUACAUAUGUCAAGCUGUUAUGUAGAUUUCGCUCUUCUAGAUUGUCUUUUUUUGUGUGUAAAUAAACCAAGUCUGCUGUACUUGAGAUCCUCUGCUCCUCUUUCCUUGCCUGCACUUUGACAUAAAGUUGUUUUAUAUUUACUCUUUCAUUGAUCACUCUUCUAAUCAUUAAAUUGGCAUAAAAAAAAAAUGUUUUGUGUAGCCUACAUUAUACAAUUAAGGUGAAAUAUAUUUCAUUCUUAGAUACAUUUGUUUUGUAUAUUUUUUAAACAACAACAACAACAAUAAUAAUAUAAAGAGCUUAAUUUUGCUUGCAGUAGUGUACCAUCGAACUGGGGUGCGUUUCUCAAAAACAUCGUUAGCCAACUAACAUCGCAAGUUCCGUCGUUACUUACAUAGUUGAACGAUUUGGUGUUUCCCGAAACCAUAGUUCAAACGAACAUUCUGACAUUAAGUACAAUGUGUAUCUUUUAUUUCGAAUAUAUACAGAUGUAAUUUACAUAUUUUAGUUUGUCAAGAGAUUUAAAGCACCGUUUUUGAAGAGUGCGCAUGUGCGUACGUCCUCUAGUACGUAAGAACAAGCAUAUGAUUAAAUUUGGAAAUAAAGAAAAAUAACCGAGGAAAAUGAGAAUUAGUCCUCUGAUGCCAUGUCCGUAAUUUAUAGCAAAAAAUCUAGCAUUAAUUCGAUCUCAAAAGGACUCA